GUCUGGUUAAAAAUGACUAUAACAUCAUCAUUACGGUAUUGUAAAGAAGAACAGUAAGUACAAAAGAUUUCAUUUGUUGUGUCAAAAAUAAAUCACUUUAUUAUUUCUUAUGUCAUUACAAUCAUUCAUAAAAAAAUAUUAUUUUUGUUGAAACAACAGGCAAAAUUUCAGUACAAUGAUUACAGCAGGUAAAUUUUCUAGACUUGAUUUCGAUGAUUACGGUGAUAGUUUUGAUAAAAAUUUAGAGAGGAAUGUGAGCAGAACUGCGGGAGAGGCCCCACGAAACAAUUUAUUUAACGCAAACUUUUUGGAACCGCUACGACACAGGAAACUUAUGUCCGCUUCCGGUAUACUAUCCACAUUAAAUGUCUUAAGGGAACCCAUUGCAGAUUACCAAAGCAGCAGGGGCAUUGCACGAAAUGAAACCAUUACAUUCAUGAACCUGAUAACUUCACUGAUAUCUCAAGCAUACACAGCAGGGUUGACAAUACUGGUAAUGUUAUGGAAUCUUCUACCACUUGUUGAAGGAUUCGUUUAUUUAAUCAGAUUCAUCCUUGAUAAACUCAUAGAUAUACUGGAAACUGAGGAGCCCAAGGAUAAAGUAAUGAAAACCAUUAUAUUUUGCGGAGAACUUUUCUUAAUAUUAAUAGUCAUAUUUUUAAUAGUCGGGUUAAUUUUCAUGCCAGUUUAUGUCCUAACAGCCAAACUGUUUGGUAAAUUGUGGGGGAUGAUAGUGUGGUAAUGUAGAUUGUAAAUAAAGAGCUUAGGUCUUAAAAAUUGUUUUAAUUGUAUAU